UUGCGAGGCGGUGGCGGGUUCCAGCUAGCCAGUCGUGGGUCCCAACGAGCCUGUGCCGAACUCCACCGAGCCUGUGUCGGACACUAGCGACCCAGGGUCGGGUCCCAACGAGCCAGUGUCGCGCUCCAGAGAACACGUGUCGGGUUAUAGUGAGCCACUCUAGGAAGCCGGAGAAGGAACCAAGCGAGUUAUUCCUGCGAGCCGGAGGAGGACUUCAACCUCAACGAGCUGCUCCAGUGAGCCAGUGUCGGACAGUGGCAUAUGGUCCAGGCAAGUGGCAGCGGAAGCUAGUGGUCAACAUCAUGACUAAGGUUACUGCUAGUGAGCUGAUCCGAAUUGGCAUCCCUCUCGCAUUUAUAGUAUGCUGUAUUUUGAUUCUGCUGUCCUAUUCAGACCUUCAACAUCAGCCGCAGUUUCUACCUGAACACCAUGCCUCGUUGCCAAUGCUGAAACCAACGCCAAACCGUUCGGAAAAGCUGUAUAAAUUACAUCCAACCAAGGACAAACUUAACGGUAUAAAACCGACCCGACCUCGGGUAACAGGCCUGAUCGUCAACUCAAGCGUUUGUCACCUGCCGGAUUUUGAUCCGUGGGAUGAUACCAUCCGGGAUAUGCUACAGAAGGAGACGCCUCUGAAGGAAUGCUCCCACGACCAGCCGAUCACCCUGACCCAGCGUGGACUGCAGCUGACCAUGGAGGUCCAUCAUUCCCGUCUGAAGGGAGGCUGCCAGCCAGAAUGUUGCAUGCGCAGCGUGGUUCGCGACAAGGAUGGAAGGUCCGACGACGCGUUCCGAUUUGGAGUUAAAGAGACAUGUUUCCGGGGCGAAUCCACACUAAACGUCACAGACGAGUUCAUUAGGGUGAGAUGCUUCUGUUCAACCACUCCAAAGGCGACAUUGUACGAGGAUUUCAGAGCAUUCAUCGUUCCUAAGGCCAACAAUACGGAUUCACAACCCAAAAGUGAUGUCAAGAGCAAAGAGAAGGUUGGCGUAUACUUGGUUGGACUAGACUCAAUUUCCACAUUGAAUUUCAAGCGCUAUUUGCCAAAAGUUCAGCAGGUCCUCGAAAACGAGCUUCGUGCAAUACCGAUGACGGGACUUACUAAGGUUGGUGUUAAUACAUUUCCUAAUAUAGUGCCUUUGCUAACGGGUCUGGCUGUGAAUCAACUAAACCAGUCUCUGCGUGGCAGCCCCUUUGACCAUCAGCCUUUCAUAUGGAAGCAGUUUGCCGCUCUAGACUACGUAACUCUGUACAUGGAAGACGAGCCUCUCUUCUCCACCUUCAAUUACAUCAAGAAAGGAUUUUUCUCCCAGCCCACUGACCACUACGGUCGGCACUUGUACCUGGCAAUACAUCGUUCAAAACUGGCAAAGCGUAGCGGCAACCACUGUGUGAACGGUCGCCUCACGCUUGACCUCCAGCUUCAGUGGCUCGAAGACCUCAUCGCUCAACCAGAUCCGUCUCCGCAAUUUGCGCUCGUGUUCAGCAACUCCCCAAGCCACAAAGGUCCUCUUAGCCACAUCAGACCGCUGCAGCCUCGUCUGCUCCAGUUUCUGCAGACGUAUCGCACCUCAAGACGCUACAACUCGUCGAUCUUGAUCCUGUUUAGCGACCACGGCAUGCGUUUCGGUCCCAUCAUGCGUACAGAACUGGGUGGGUACGAGUCGAGGAUGCCGCUCUUCUACAUCGUACCUCCGCCGCGGUUUGAGACUGACCACCCAGAACGUCUCACCAGCCUGCGCACCAACUCCCGGAGGCUGACUACCUUCUUUGACGUGCACGCCACGUUGCGGGACGUUCUCUUAGACGCCGGAGCGACCAGCUCCGAUCUGCCCGUCUUCCCCAGCCCUGGACAUAGUCUGUUUGCGCCUGUGCCCGAGGAGAGAUCCUGCGAAGAUGCUGGAGUCGCACCUCAGUGGUGCGUGUGCCGGGUGCGUCAACCACUCCCUCCUGAUCUUGAUGUCGUCAGCCGCGCCGUGAACGCCACCGUGCGUCACAUUAACGACGUCCUGCUGCGCCAGGUUCGAGCACAGUGCGCCGAGCUGCGUUUGCUACGAGUGAUCGACGCAUAUCUGACUCUCUCCGAGACUGGUGGGAAGGUGAAGGACACUCAUUACAAACUGGAGGCUUUCGACGAGGUCUCUGUGCGACUGGUGACGGAGCCCGGUCUCGCUGAGUUCGAGUCCACUGUGCGCUGUUUCCAGGGACUCGGCUCCUCCGAGCAGAGCCACCAGCGGACCUCUGCGGUGGAGGGGCUGGACGGCCGCUGCCGACCGCACCACAGGCUCUCCGUCAUGGACGUGUCAAGGCUCAACCUCUAUCGCGGACAGAGCGACUGUCUGAAAGAGCACUUCGACGAGAGGAGGUUUUGCUACUGUAAAGAGCUGCUGUGAGCACCCUGCUUUAGAUAGCACGAUGUGGCCUGUGCUGUGCAGAGAGCGAUGUUGCCGAUGUUACCGUACUGAUCGACUAUCACGUUUCAGUAUAGCUGCAAAAUGUUCGGUGAUGUUCGGUGCAGCUAGGAAAUCAUGUGAGCUGUAAUACAACCUGUCCUAGAUAUUUCCGAAACACUGGGGCACGUUUUGAAAUGUAAUAGUGAGCUUCAUUAUUCCACAACGAAGCACAUGAAUGAUUUACCGUUUAACGAUUUCCCAAAGCUCAUUAUUACAUUCCAACGUGUGACAAUCUAGGCAUAAGCCGGACAUUGUGCUAACAUGGACAUAAUUGCGUUGUGUGACUUCCAGUUUUCAGCAGUGCUUCGUGCAUGGGAGUACUCGGCGUGACAUUGGUGCAUAACUAUACCUAUCCAAUAUUCGUGCACUUCAUGUGUUACCGGCGAUUCAUAUACAUUCAAUGUGCACAAUCAACAAUGGCAUCAGGUAUUCAUGCUCCAAGUUGCACCGUUCAUAAACAAGAGCAUGAGCUUGUCUGUGUCUACGACCUGCGACAAGUAUGACUGUAUAGUAUACAGUAUAUAGGUAUACCUACAUAUUUCAUCUCAGGAUAACAUAAGGUCCAUACUAAAUGCACGAAACCAAAUAAAUGCACUUCGAAUUGCCCUCAGGAGUAAGUUAUAUAAGGGAGCAAU